AUGGUCCUCGGCCGCCUCGCCCACUACACCUUCGACGCCGUCCUCAUCUCCGCCUUCCUCGCCGGCGUCAAGCGCUCCACCGGCCUCACCCCUAGCAUCAAACCCGACUCCUUCAGCGAGACGCCCAAUCUGCGCAAGUGGGUGGAGAACUACCUCUGGGUGGGCGAGACGAUUAUGGAUCAGAGCGUCGCGUUGAUGAGUUCGAGUGGGUACUUUGAGCGGAGGAGAUGA